AUGAAGCAAAGCUCACAAGACAUUGAGCAGCAAUAAGAAUAAUUGCAAUCGAGAAUGUUUAAUAUUCAAGGGGGUGAACUUGAUAACUACAAUUUGGAAUAAUAGCAAUAGCAUUUGGUAAAUCUCUAGAACCCAUAGAUAAUAGAUAAUAAUAAGAUUUAAGUGGUAAAAGCUACCUCAUUUGAUUUUGAGAAAAUCAAAAAAGGGAAAAGAAAAAGACAUCAUAAUAAAACAUUAGGAUCACAAGAUGUUACUGCUCUAAAUGUAGUUACUUCUUAAAAAUAAGAGAGAUAAAGCAGUAGAGUCUAGUCUUCUCAAUAAAAAACAAGACCAAAUAAUAUUCAAUAACUUAUGAACUAAAACUGCACUAAAUUUGAAGAAUGUAAACCCUUGUAAUUUAUCGCAUAAUUUUUAGAUGUCAAGUUGAAUUCAUAGUAAACUUCAGUUGAGGAUGAAAUUCUCUCUAGAUCAGUAUUGAAUAGUGCUCUCACUAGCUCAAGGCUUUAGAAACAAGAAUUUGAUUCAAGAUUGAAGCCUCAACAUAACAUGGCAAUGGAUUCUCUUUUAGAUUUAGCUAAUCAUAACCAAAAUAAUCCAUCAUAGACAGGCUAACUCUACCCUGUCUUACAAGUCAGGGAGGAGUAAGAUGAAAGUGACAAUAGUCCAUUAAAAGCUAUGCAGAUUGCUAGAAGGCAAUCCUUACUCAAGCAGAAAGGGAUGAAUCUGACUUCAAGAAGAGAGUCAUUUUUUGGAUCUCAACAUACUUUAACCCCAGAUCCCUUGCAAAAAUUAUUACAAACAAAGAAAUAUCUGAAAAAUGACCUUACCAACAGUCAGGGCUUAAGUGGCAACCUUUAAAUAUAGUAGUAGCCCAGUUUCUCAGGUUAAUUUACUGAGAGAUUAAACUCAAGACAAGAAAGUAAUGGAGGCACUACGGUGCUAAGUUUGGUAAACAAUAAAAAUCAUAGUACUAAUGGCACAUUUAAAAAUGAGUACUUGCAAAAGACUUUGAAUUAAACUCUAGAAGUUGAAUCCAUGAAUAAUGAUCAUUCUAGAAAUAGAAGCAAUAUUGAUGCUCUCAACAAGUCAAGUGAGAUAAAUAAAAGCACUUAGUAUUUAAGAUAUAGAGAGAGAUUGUUUUUGAAGAAUUUGACUAAUUAGUCAUAACUUAAGAAAAAGUCUUUCACAAGAUCAAAUACUUUUAAUGGAAACGAUACCUCCCCAGCUAAAUCUUAAUCAUUUGUCCAACUUAAUUAGCAUGAUAAUAGUUUGGCAUUGGUAUUACCUUAAUUAGGAAAAACUCCAACUUCUCUAGUAAAUGAUACUGUUUAAUAAGCAUUAGUUCUUGACCAUAUAAACGAUUAUAACCGAGAUUGCAAUAAAUAUAAUUCAGUUUUAAUUCAUCUUGGAGUUCUACUUAAGAAGGCUAUUUCUUAGUCAGAAUAGGGUCACCAACUUCCUUGCUUUUUUUUGACAACAAGUAUAUAUUACUAGUACGAUGCCAAAAAGCACUUUAAAGAAGAUGAAAUUGAAUUAGAUUAGAACAAAGAUGUCAGGGAUCUGACGAAGAAAGAUGCUAAGGUCAAGGUAAAAUACCUCAGGUAUGAAACGUUUCAUGAUAAACUUGUCCAAGCUCAUAAAGAAAAUAAACAACUGAAAAGAGAAAUGCUAAGAAUGAAGAAAGAUUAUAGAGAUGAUUAAUGCUAAAGACUUAUAAUCAAGAAUCUAGUAGAUAAAUUAAGAGCUUAAAAAGAAAAAGAGAACUAGAGAAAGAUUUUCAAUGCUUUAAGAUUUCACUCGAAUAACAAAUAUCAGGGCUUAUUCGCCAAUGUAAUGGCUAACUCUUUAUUUGGUUCAGAUAUAAAAGCAAGGACACUAGCAAGAAAAUACUUCGUUGAGUUGAAACUUUACACUUUAGAAUCAAAAUUGCGUAAAGCAAGAAAAGAAAUUGAAUACUACCAAAAUAAAACUGAUGAUCUCGAUGAUAAUAAUUCAUCAUAAAGAGUAUAAAUAAAAGAUCUAGUCGGUGAGAACACAAGACUAAAAUCAUAGCUUAAUCAAAAGCAAUAAUAACUUGCUGUUCACGAGAACGAUAAUAUAUAGUAUAAGGCUGAUACAUCUAAAAAUAAGCCUUAGCAAAUCAAAGAGUGUCUGAAGAUCUAUUUCAAGUAUAUAUUUACUAACCCAUUAAUAGCCAGACUGAGAAUUAGAAAGCCAAUGGCAUUGUUCGCUCUAAGUCAUACUAAAGUAGAUGAGAGCAGCAUUUAAAAUAACUAGCAAAGAAGAAUUAAUAUGAGCCUCCUUUUAAAGAAAAAAGAGACGAUAUAUGAGGGAGGGCCAGGAGUGUAGCUGUUAAUGAAUAUGAGCUUGAAGGAGAUAAUGGUAAGAUGGUCUAACUUUAUGAUUGAACGGGCUGUGCUUAAGUUAAAUCCCAUCAUUGAGAUCCUUUAAAGAGAAGUCUAAAAAAGGAAACAGAGAAGAAUUAAUAGCAGACUCAAUACAGCUGGACCUAUGAGUGGCUAAUAAAAAUAGUAAGAGAUUAUAUAGGAAUAAGAUGCAAGCUCUUCAUCUUCAAAUAGUGAUAUUGAAGAUAGCAAAAGGGAAUAAUCCAAGAAUUUAAAUGAAGAAGCUCCAGAUGAUGAGAUAAAGUUGCCAAUCGAAGAAAAAAAUGAUGUUAAGCAAGCAAUCUUUUUAAAUUAUGAACCCUUUAAGAACUAUAAGAAUGACCUGAAAUUGCUAAUUACUUUUAAAUAAAUGGUAUCAAAAUUGGUAUCUGAUUUUUCUUUGAAUAUGAUAAAUGAUGGUGUUAUGCAAGCUAUCUUGUUUUCAUUAGAUCAAGCUGAAAGAUCAUUAGAAAUUCUGAAUAUGAAUACGACUUAGGCAUUAAACACUCCUGGGUCAGUCUCAAGAGCAUCAACUGCUGGAUUUCCUGGUAGAUUAGUCAAGGGCUAUUCUUAUUAAGAAGAGCCUUUUGAAGAGGUUAUUGUUCCAGAUUUUAAAUACAUACUCCAAUAUGUAAAUAAUACUAACAUUGAAGAUAGGACUAAACUUCUUAUGGAGUAAAUUGAAAUUAUUUAGAGUUAAAAGUUUGAUUGGUACUUCUCGUUAUCUGAAAUGCUUACUGGCAAGGAGUAGAAUUAUACCACAACUCUACUAUACUUAUUCUAUAGUUAUAUGAGAAAAGUUAAUUCUCAUCUGCAUGAUGUGAGCCUAUUAUAUUCCAUUGAUGAAUUCAAUAAAGAGGAGUCAACUGCUCUAUAGUAAUUGCAUGAACUGCCAUACAUGAAUCAUAAAUAAUUAAUGAUAAGAUGGGUCAAUCAUCUAUUAAGAUCUUACCACGAAUUAAAACUACAAAAUGAACUUGAGCAGAAAUUCAGGAAGAGAUUUUAGCAGCCAAAGCCAGAGGAUAAAGACAAAUCUUAAGAGAGAUCUCCUUCUCGCAAUACUAUAGCCAGUAGGUAGUCAGCUGCAAUAUCAAAUUCUCUCAAAUAAAAGUUACAAAGAAAACAAGAUGGAAAUAAUAGAAAUGCCUAAAACAAUAACAGCAAUAGUAAUAACACUGGAAAUAGGGGAGAUUAGACAUCUAAGAGUCUUCCAAGAGUUGGCACCUAGACCAGGAAUAAAAAGUAAAUAGCAAAAGAAGAAUCUGAGAAAAAAUUAAAAUUUGGAAUCACUAAAGAUUCAAAGACUCAAAAUAUUAUAAGAGAAUAUAAUCUGAACCCUGAUUUGCAACAUCUAGGUUUUGAAAUCACAAAGAUAGGUUAGCUUAGCUAAGAGAAUUAUCAUAGAUUGAUUCUUAUUUUAGCCUAUCUUACGCCUGAAACCAUCUGGGAUAUGAAUGAUAUGGACUAUAGGGAACUUAAGAGAACUUCACAUUAUAUUGAAAUAGUAGAGGCUUUUCUCAUAAAGAGUACCCUCGAUCAAAAGAUCUUAUUCAUCAUGAAUGCAAUCACAAGAAUUACUAAGAAAAAUAAUUUGAUUAGCAUUGACGAUCUUUAUUAAAAAUCUAAGAUUGAGUACUUAGACCUGCUAAUUGAACUCUUUUUAUCCAGACCGAACUUAAAGGAUUUUAAUAAGCAAAGCUAUGAGGAGAUAGAGAUUCACUCAAAGAAAUUAAUUGAUUAAAAGGAUGAGAUUACUGAAUGCUUUGCUUUCGUUUAAGAUUGUGAUAGGAUAUACCAAACACUCAAGGAGAAAUUAUUAUAAAAUAAACUUAGUUUCCCUAAUCCGAAUACUAUAAUUGCAAGAUAGAUGAACAUAUUUGAAAGAUCAGAAUUAUUACUCAGUGAUAUAGAAAAAUCUAUUACCAAUUUGAAUAAGCAAUUCUUAUUUUAGCUUUUGACUUUUAGAUAGCAGCAGUAAGGACAACAAUGGGCUUUGUAGCUAGAGGAUGUGAUUAAGAAAUUCAUCUACCCCUUAAGGAGAUAUCUAAAUGUAUAUAUGGAUUAAGAGGGCUUUAUUACAUAUUUUGACAUGUGGAGAGCAAUCAAGAGUCUAAACAUUAGGUCAUUCGUUUUGGAUUCUAGGGAGGUGGAAAAUCUAAUGAUUAAACUUAUAAAGCUUAAAGACAGUAGGCUUGUCUCUAGAAGAACAGUGAAUAUGAGUAAAGAUGAAGAACUGUCUUUGAUUAGAGAAGAUUUCUAAGAUGAAGUUGACUUGUUUAUGAAAAAGAUCAAAUCAGAGAUUUAGUAUACAGUCUUCAGCUCCAAAAAAUAAGCGACAAAGUCAAGCAUUGUUAAAGAGAUUGAAGAAAGUUUGGAGAACAUAUACGUUAAGACAUAGCUUUACAGAGCUAAGUUCUAGCCGAGUGAUUUGAUACUGAUCCUUAUUGCAAUCUUAUUCAGACAGAACCCUUCAGAGUUUGUUUAAGAAAUCAUUAAGAUUACACCUUCUCUUUAUGAAGAAGGGGUUAAGAAUGUAAAUAAAAUGCUAUCUAAGGAGAAAAUAUAAAUACAUGUAGAGGCUUAUUUAACAGAAUACCAACCUCAUCUGCUAUUCGAGUAGUUCCUUAUUCAUAAUGUUCUGAUCAAAAGUGACUUUUCAAAAAAGCAUCCUUUUAGAAUCAACAUGAUGAAGGAGGACUUUAGACAGUUCCUCGAUCAUUAUCUAAAUUCUUUAUUUGCAGUGUUUGACUUCUAUCUGCAUGAGUAUGCCACUACCUGCCCUUAGCCUAUAAAGUACAAGCACUUCUGUAUAUAGAUAGAGGCAAUCUAUGGCUUACUUAGAGACUUUAAUGCAUUUAAUCCUGAGUCAGGUUUGAGUAAAAAUAAUCUAAGAAAAAUACUGAUUAAUGUUCAGAAGCAAACAUCUAAUGAUAAACUUUACCAAGAGAGAUAAUAACUUAAAACAGCAGGUACUAUUGAUUAAGCUCUAAAUUCCUAAGGCAUGACUCCCAAUAAGACUGUCUAAUUCACAAUGUCUAAUGUAAUCAAGUCACCCUCUCAAUUUAAUAAGCAAAUACUGAAUUCCUCUGUUACUUCUAACUAAGAGAACUAGAUAUAAUUCUUGAUAGAAAAUUUUGAAAGCUUGGUAUUCUUUGAAUUCAUGGAAUGCUUAUAUCUUGUCUCAUAGUACCACAGUCCCGAUCCAUUCAUUAAUCCAAAUCAGAAAUUCGCUGAAUUCCUUGAGAGAGUGGUAUUUACAAACAUACAAUUUAAAAUUAAAAGCAAGAGGAUAAUGGAGAGUCCUCAUAAAAAUAAUCUCAUUAGAUCACUCUAAAAUCAUAGAGUUAUUAGAGGAGCCAGUCUUGAAACUUUUAACUCCUACUUCGACUUGCAUUGA